AUGGGUGGUUCGUGCCAGGAAUUGUUCAAGUGUGCUCGCACUUGUCUGGUGGCAUUUCUUCUCAUGUGUCUAGCAGGCGCUCUCCAAGGUUGUAUUCAGAAUGCAUCUGACCCUUCCGAGGAAUGGAUGGAAACGUCAGAAACAACGAGAAGUGCGGGAGGGUCAUUCCGAGGUGUCACCAGCACAAGCCAAGCUGUUGCGGACCCCACAGCAGCAAUCACAACUUUGAAUGUCAUACAGCCAGUUACGACGACCACCCUCACCCUGACGACGACAACCACAUCUGCAGUUAGUACAUGGUCAUUUGCCGGAAUCACGUCCGCAGUGUCCUUCCGUAUUGGCGAAGUGGAUGUUUCUUGGCCUGCUGUCUUGAGCAGUGGUUCCCAUCAACGCUUUGAGUACUUCUUGGCCUUCACCCGCAAACAGACGAAUCUUACUGUGGAAGACGUCCUGAAUGCUUCUGACGAUUCAGACGACUCCGAUGAGGGUGGCGCGGACAGUGUGUCCGUUCUUCGCCUUGGAGACCGGUUGAAUUUCUCGCUGAAGAACUUGACACCUAACACCACUGUGUCCUUGCUGGCCGUAGCUGCAGUCGUCGGACAAGAUGAGAUGUCGACAGAUCAACUUACGAUACAUGUUGCAGUUGCGGGUAUUGGUAGCAUCCUCGCAGAAGGCACAACGGUAGUGCCCGUGGAAGCCGGUGAUGACCUGGAAGUAGAAGCCAACGCAUCAAGCAUCAGCUUGCUUGCCACGCAAAAGGCAGCUCUGCCUGAGAUCUCGCAUGGGUCCUGCUUGACUGGCACUGCCAGCUCCGGGGACUCCUUCUUCGUCAUAGUGGAGAACGUCUCUGUUCGGGGCCUGAUGCUUGUUGCCGAUACACGGCCAGCAGCAAUCACUGAUGUUUACAAGCAGCUGCAGCUGGACACCACGGUGUCAUUACCAAGCGAAGGGUCUGAGGGUCGUCGCCUCGAGGACUUACAGAAGACCCGGUCCUGGUCGAUGUUGAAGGCUGUGAACUUGGACUUCGGGGCGGGGGGCUUAAACCUGGAGGGAGAGCUGCGUGCAAACGCACAGGUGAGGGUGAGUCUCAGCAUCGUUUUUCCCGGCAUCAUCAGCUCAAUCCUGGUUACGACAGACUUCGACUGGUCAUUAAGAAGCAGCCUUGCUUUCAGCCGGAUGACGCAAGUCUUUGACAAAGAAGCUUCUGUAUCGGUCCCCAUGCCCAAGCUUCCCCCCAUCCCGACCCCCAUACCCGGCGUGUGGAUCCAGCUUGCCCCCUCUGUCUCCUUCAGUUCCGGUGCCACUGUUAUUGCGCAGCUGACAUCAGCAUUGACCGUUGAGCUAUCGCAGCAGCAACGGUUCGAGGCUCGAUUUCAGGGCUUCGAAGGGGGCUGGCAGGUGGCCCGCUCGGAGUCCGGUCUUUCAAAGGCCGUGGAUUUGGGAGCCAGCUUGACGGUGCACCUCUCUUCCCAUAUCUCUGCAAGCUUUGGGCUCCAGGUCCUGGUCUCAGGGCUCUUGGGUUUGGAGCUGGCCGUGGUGCCCGGCUUCAACGCAGAGUUGGCCGCCGCGGUCGAUGUUGACAACGUCCUCAAGGAGCAUCUGCCUGAUGGCAAGGUCGACGAUUUUGGCAUCACUUUCGACAUUGAUUUGGACUUGGGUCUGUUGUGCGCUGGCAUGGCCGACAAGCUGGGGCUUUGCAAGAUCUUGGUUGGGGGUAGCCGGAAGCAGCUGCAGCAGUGGAGCAUGGCCUCCGUGCCCAUACUGAGCUACCCGCAUCUAGAGAUGGUGGGCGCGGGCGGCUGUGCGGUGAAAAUUGAAGAAAGACAGCCCAGCAUCGGUAUUGAACUCAUAUCACACAAGUGGGUCCUGGAUGCGCCGCUAGUGCAGAUCUCUGGAGGACAUGCUGAACAGGUCAGCCUCCAUUUUGGUGAAGAGAUCCCAGCCAGGCUUGGUGAGCUCUAUCAUGUAGCCUCAUUGCAGCUGUUUGGCACUCUUACUAUCUCUAAAGUCAGCCGGCAGAGCCUCGGGAACCUGGAGAUCGAUUGCAUCACAGAUCCAGACCAAAUACAAGAAACCUUCCAGACCGGGGUUCCAUCUUGCGGCGCUGCUACGACCACUUGUGUCGCAGAAGCCUUGGC